ACAACAACCACAGAGCCCACAACAACAACUACAACUACAGAACCAACAACUACUACUACAACCACAGAGCCCACAACAACAACUACUACAACAGAGCUUACAACAACGACAACAACUACAGAACCAACAACUACUACUACAACCACAGAGCCCACAACAACAACUACUACAACAGAACCCACAACAACGACAACAACUACAACCACAGAGCCCACAACAACAACUACUACAACAGAGCCCACAACAACGACAACCACUACAGAACCAACAACUACUACAACAACCACAGAGCCCACAACAACAACUACUACAACAGAGCCCACAACAACGACAACAACUACAACCACAGAUCUAACAACAACAACUACUACAACAGAGCCCACAACAACGACAACAACUACAACCACAGAGCCCACAACAACAACUACAACCACAGAGCCCACAACAACAACUACAGCAACAGAGCCCACAACAACAACUACUACAACAGAGCCCACAACAACAACUACUACAACAGAGCCCACAACAACAACUACUACAACAGAGCCCACAACAACGACAACCACUACAGAACCAACAACUACUACAACAACCACAGAGCCCACAACAACAACUACUACAACAGAGCCCACAACAACAACUACUACAACAGAGCCCACACUUAAAGAUGUCAAUCCCCUUUAUCGUCAUGAAUGUGAUCGUGAACUAAGAAAAAAAAAAAAUCCAAUAAAUUUCUAUAAAAGAAGUUCUUUAGGCCUAUCGAACCGCAGAAAGUCAAAAAUGAAAGAAGUGAUCGGUUUGUUAAUUUUAGCUUCAGCUUUAUUUGCUGCUUUCGCGCAGAUUCAAGAAAGGACUAUUAGUUUGCAAAAAGAAACUAAGAAAAAACCAUUAUCAGAAAUAGUAUGGAAAACACCGGGUGCAAUUCAACCUUACAUUCAGAAAUACUACCCCAAUCCAAGUGUUCCUUCUGGUCAUUAUUACCAACCGGAUAAAGGAUGUAUUUGCAUUCCUGGUCCUCCGGGACCACCUGGUCCUAUGGGCUCACCGGGUUCGACAGGAAGGCCUGGUACCACAGGUAGACGAGGUGAUAAUGGUUUGGUUGGUUAUGACGGAAAAAAAGGUGAUAAAGGUUUUAAGGGAGAUCGUGGGCAAACAGGAUACAAAGGAAGAAAAGGAACUAUGGGAUAUGAAGGAGAAAAGGGUCAAAAAGGAGACAAAGGUUCGGAAGGACAAAAAGGAAGUAAAGGAAGAACGGGGACAAGAGGAAACCCAGGAUUCAGAGGAGUAACUGGUGCAGUAGGGGCUUUGGGGCCAGAAGGUCCUAUGGCAACGACUACGACAACAACAACAACAACAGAACCCACAACAACGACAACAACUACAACUACAGAGCCUACAACUACAACCACAACAACAGAACCCACAACAACGACCACAACAACAGAGCCAACAACAACAACCACAACAACAGAACCCACAACAACGACUACAACAACAGAGCCGACAACAACAACUACAACAACAGAACCCACAACAACGACAACAACUACAACUACAGAGCCUACAACAACAACCACAACAACGACCACAACAACAGAGCCAACAACAACAACCACAACAACAGAACCCACAACAACGACAACAACUACAACUACAGAGCCGACAACAACAACUACAACAACAGAACCCACAACAACGACAACAACUACAACUACAGAGCCUACAACUACAACCACAACAACAGAACCCACAACAACGACCACAACAACAGAGCCAACAACAACAACCACAACAACAGAACCCACAACAACGACUACAACUACAGAGCCGACAACAACAACUACAACAACAGAACCCACAACAACGACAACAACUACAACUACAGAGCCUACAACUACAACCACAACAACAGAACCCACAACAACGACCACAACAACAGAGCCAACAACAACAACCACAACAACAGAACCCACAACAACGACUACAACAACAGAGCCGACAACAACAACUACAACAACAGAACCCACAACAACGACAACAACUACAACUACAGAGCCUACAACAACAACCACAACAACGACCACAACAACAGAGCCAACAACAACAACCACAACAACAGAACCCACAACAACGACAACAACUACAACUACAGAGCCGACAACAACAACUACAACAACAGAACCCACAACAACGACAACAACUACAACUACAGAGCCUACAACUACAACCACAACAACAGAACCCACAACAACGACUACAACAACAGAGCCGACAACAACAACUACAACAACAGAACCCACAACAACUACCACAACAACAGAGCCAACAACAACAACCACAACAACAGAACCCACAACAACAACUACAACAACAGAGCCGACAACAACGACUACAACAACAGAGCCAACAACUACUACUACAACAACGGAGCCCACAACAACGACUACAACAACAACAACAACAACGACGACAACACCUACUCCUGUUAUAAAUGUUGAUGUAGUUUAGAUGCUUACAACAAAAUUAUGUACCUAUACUUUUCUUGAAAUAAAAACGUCAAAGAAUUUUA